AUGUGGAAUUUAGCGGAGGCACGAAACUUUGCAUUAAAGGCUGAACUAUUGUUGCAAGAGAAGAGUAUACCAGAUUAUUCACGCAAGAAUUAUAGCAGGGAGAAUUAUAGAAUAAACAAUGAAAAGAAUAAGGCAAGUCAGGAUGUUCCUGCAUGCAAUGAUAAAUUCAGAGAAGAAAAGGCGACUGGAAAACAGAAGAUAGUAGAUACGAAGGAAGGGCAGAAAGCUACAAAUCCCUAUGCGAAACCAAUCCCUGGGAAGUGUUUCAAAUGUAACCAACCUGGUCAUAGAUCGAGCGAUUGUCCUCUCAGAAAAGUAAUCCAUGUUGUGGAACGAGGAGAAGAGGAUGAUGAGGUUUAUUGUGGUCCAGAUGGGGAUGAUGAUGAGUAUGAGGAUGAUGAAGAUGAUGGCCAGAGUUAUGUGGUGAGGAGACUGAUGCUAACACCAAAACAGGAGGAUAACACCCAGCAACAUCAAUUAUUUCGAACCAGGUGCAUUAUCACUAACCUUUUACUUGAUGUGAUUAUUGACAGUGGUAGUUGUGAAAACAUUAUUAGCAGAGAUGUUGUUGAGAGAUUGGGUCUGAAAACUGAGAAGCACCCCAACGCAUACACUAUUAGGCGGAUUAAGGCAGUAGAGAAAAUUCAAGUAACAAAACGGUGCAAGGUUCCUUUUUCCAUUGGACAAUAUAGAGAUGAGGUAUAUUUUGAUGUUGUAGAUAUUGAUGCUUGUAGUUUAUUAUUUGGUAGGCCAUGGCAAUUCAAUGUCGCAGCACAACAUGACGGGAAACAAAAUACCUAUAAGUUGGAAAAAGAUGGCGUCAAAUUUACCUUCCUGCCAAUGAAAAAGAGUUCCAAAACCAAAGCUUCUAAAGUGAAGGGGCUUACCUUCUUUACUAUUACACAUUCAGGGUCAGAAUUAGAAGUUGCUUUCAAGGCAUCAAGGGUGAUGCAUGCACUAAUUGUGAAACAAGUAUUGACUGCUGAAGAGGAGUUGAAGAAAGAAGAGUACCCAGAAGUAAUCAGGCCAUUAUUAGAAGAAUUUAGUGAGGUGAUUCCAGAGGACUUACCUGAUGGGUUACCACCUAUGAGGGAUAUUCAGCACCAUAUUGAUCUAAUUCUUGGGGCUAGCUUGCCAAACCUACCACAUCAUAGGAUGAGUCCAAAGGAGAGCGAGAUUAUGAAAGAAAAGGUAGAGGAAUUAUUGGAAAAGGGGUACAUCCAAGAGAGCAUGAGUCCAUGUGCAAUUCCUUCCUUACUAACGCCAAGGAAAGAUGGGAGUUGGAGGAUGUGUGUUGAUAGUAGGGCCAUAAAGAAAAUUACUGUAGGGUACAAGUUUUCGAUUCCUUGGCUGGAUGACAUGCUUGACAGGUUGCAUGGGGCACAAGUGUUUACGAAGAUUGAUUUGCAAAGCGGAUACCACCAGAUUCGAAUUAAACCUGAGGACGAGUGGAAAACAGCCUUUAAGACAAAGGAGGGCUUGUAUGAAUGGCUUGUGAUGCCAUUUGGGUUUUCGAAUGCGCCAAAUACUUUUAUGAGAGUAAUGAAUCAGGUAUUGAAACCUUUUAUUGGGAAGUUUGUAGUUGUUUAUUUUGACGAUAUUCUGAUUUAUAGUCAAGCAGACGAAGAGCCCAUUCAACACUUGUGCGAGGUACUAACAGUUUUACAGAAAAACAAGUUGGCAGAUGGUAUUCAAGUAGAUGAAGAAAAGAUUCGAGCAAUUAGAGAAUGGCCUACCCCAAAAACAGUAAAGGAUAUUCGAAGUUUUCAUGGGUUGGCGACCUUCUACAAGCGUUUUAUCAGAAAUUUCAAUAGUAUUGCAACACUUAUUACAGAAUGUCUGAAGAAAGGGAAGUUCCAAUGGAGUAAGGAAUCUGAAACUAGCUUUGUUGUGUUAAAGGAUAAAUUGUGCAUUGCUCCUAUUUUAGCACUGCCCAAUUUUGAGGCCUUGUUUGAAGUUGAGUGUGACACUAGUGGUGUGGAAAUAGGAGUUGUCCUUUCACAAAAUGAGAGACUAGUAGCUUAUUUUAGUGAAAAACUUAGCGAUACGAGGCGUAAAUGGGCUACGUAUGAUAAGGAGUUUUAUUCUAUUGUGUGUGCUUUAAAGACUUGGAAGCAUUAUUUAGUGGGGUGUGAGUUUGUUUUGUACUCUGACCAUGAAGCCUUGAAAUAUUUAAAUAGUCAGAAGCGAAUUAGUAGAGACAUGCAAGCCAGGUGGACUCAAUUUCUGCAGAAAUUUCCUUUCAAGCUAAGACACCAAGCGGGAAUACAGAAUAAAGUAGCAGAUGCAUUAAGUAGACGUGCUGAUUUAUUGGAGAAUUUAUCUAUAGAUUUUGUGCUUGGAUUGCCUCGGACACAAAGGGGUGUAGAUUCUAUUUUUGUUGUGGUUGAUAGGUUUUCUAAAAUGGCUCACUUUAUACCUUGCAAGAAGACAUCAGACACAAACGGAACAGCCAAAUUGUUUUUCAAGGAGGUUGUCCGUCUGCAUGGGGUGCCUAAAUCCAUUACUUCUGAUCGAGAUAGCAAAUUCCUUGGCCAUUUUUGGAGAACAUUGUGGAGGAAGUUCGAUUCGUCUCUGAAUUACAGCAAUACUACUCAUCCACAAACUGACGGCCAAACUGAAGUUGUGAAAUUCCACCGUUUUGAGCCUAUUCACCAUCUUCAGCCAGUUGGAGGUCAUUUUCAAGGUCAAAUUCCACCGUUUUGGCAUGUUUCGAGGUUCUUUUAG